UUCCAUAAUAUCACAUCCAUACAUUUUUUCUUCCUCUUUUCACAACCACCAAAAAAACGAUCAAAAUGAUGAAAUUUUUGUGCAUCUUUGCUCUCACUUUUGCUGUCGCUUCAGCUGGCAAAAUGAAAUUUAUCGACUGUGGACACAAUGAAGUUAAAUCUCUUGAUGUUUCUGGCUGUGAAGGUGAUUACUGUGUCCUCCAUAAAGGCAAAACAAUCAAUCUGGAUAUGGUAUGCAAAUCCAAUCAAGAUUCGGAACAUCUUAAAUUAGUUAUUUCUGCUGAUGUAAAUGGAAUCGAAAUCGAAGUUCCCGGAUUCGAUCAAGAUGGUUGCCACUACAUUCAAUGCCCAGUUCACAAAGGUCAACAAUAUGAUGUCAAAUACAGUUACACUAUUCCAUCAGUUCUGCCAAAUAUCAAAGCAAAUCUUACCGCUAAAGUCACCGGUGAUCAAGGUUUACUUGGUUGCUUGAAACUUCAAGGUGAAAUUGCUGAUUAGAUACUUUUGUAAUUGAACUUUUUAUUGAGUGUUUCAAUAAAUUGAAUAUUUGUUUAUUAAAAAAUAUAUUAAAUGAUUUUUUUUAUA